GCAAGGGUGGAAUACACAAUUCUGACAUGAACAACGCUCGGAACGGGGUGGCCGAACUAGCAGCCCUUUCAGAAGGCAAUGCCUCUGAGGCCGGUUCAUCUAAAUCCCCGCCUCGAUCUAGGACUACGCCAACCAAACUUCCUGUACUCAAAGUCCCCACAGAUAAGGAGCCUAGUGGGCAAAACGGUGUUGCCGCCCCGAUUAAACAAAAAGGGCACGACGGCUCAUCCGAGCAUGGUUCGCCCAGGCCCUUGGAUCAGGAACGGGAGCGAUACUGGCGAAAGGUUAGGGAUAAAUUGGACAAAGACUUGUCGGCGUCAUGGAACAGAGAGAAGCCCAAGGUAACCCAGAAUCCAGCGUACAAAAAGAUCAUCUCGUUGGCCAAUGCACCGCGGCAAGAAAUAGCAAAGCAUAAGUGGAAAUAUACCGGUGGCACCUCGAGCGAGAAACAAUCUACGCCAAAGACAGAUUACAAAACGAAGCCGAAGUAUUCGACACCUGAACGAGAGAAGCCCAAAGACAGUACCUCACCCAGUCGAGAUCGAUCUUCAGACGACAAGCGGCGGACAAGUAGUAACCGUUCGGCCAGCUCAAACGGGAGUGGAUUAUCCAGUCAAAGAUAUAAGUCGAGCAGUACUACCGACUCGACCUACAAUUCAAAUUCUUCUGUGUCUCCCAUAUCUGGCCCGUCGUCGAUGAAAGAAUGGGAGGAUAGAUUCGUUGUCCAUAUGCCGUCUGCAAGGGAUCCCAAUCCUCCUACCAUGAAUGUGCGGCAAAUUGCUCAAUACCAAAGCAGCAUUGAGAGAGUACAGACGGAAGGAGGGUCGAUGGUCGAUCCCGACACUCUCCCUAGCCCGCGUAAUGGGACACCAGAGCAGCAUUUUAAGCCCCCCGACCCGAGCGGAAAGCGGCUAGGAACACUGGACGGACAGGAUUCACGACCGCCUGCAUCGAAUACAGAGAUAGAUGAUAAAUCGGCAUACAGCCCUAGUCAUCCCCGUUACUACUGCCCCGAUGAAAUCGGGAAGCAGAGAUGUAGUACAAUUUGGGAGGAGUCAUCCAUAGGCCCUAGAAAGAAAUCUCCUCAUGAAAACGUGGAUGGUUCUUUUUUAGGGUGCAAGGAAAUCAAUGGCCCACACGAUCGGAACCCGGACGAAAUUCUGUACUUUUCGACACCAGAACGCCCAAGAGUCGUGAAUAUAUCAGCUUCCCGUAUGCCCAGGGUUCGCAGAGAAUCCAAACUGGCACAAACACAGCAGCCGAAGAGAGAACCCGGAGAGACGAGUCUUGUUCAAGAAGAAUGGGAACCAAUUUUUCAGAAUUUGAAGCAUGCCCAAUGCUCGAAGCCAACACCCAAGGUAUUGUGCCGAGAAGCACAGUGUCAGCAACUGAAGACAAGAAAUUCUACGAUCCAACCAUCGAAAGACGAACAAGGUUCUACGGGGACUCAGACCGGGACUUCAGAGAACCAGAAGCCGAUUCCCAGGCCGGACGAUGUAUUCAUUAUCACACCCACUAUAACACGUACUAUGGUGACUAUGGGAGAUUUAAGAAGCAACAUACCCAAGCACACCAGCCCUCGGGAACCCACCUCACGAAGCGCAGGCGAAAUCAUCACCGACGCUCGAACAAGACCGUGGAUCAACACGAAGGUCUCGAUGAACAACACCAAGGGGGGUGUCUCGCCUUCAGGCCUACGUCGAGUGAGUCAAAAUUCAUCGGGAAAAUCAAGCGCGCCCUCUGCAAAACCUUUGGAUCCGGCAGCAUCCACGAAUAUUCCCGUCGUCAAACAACGAGCAGAGCCGAUGGCCGUCGCCAAAAUAAAGCCCAUCACCGCCACAGUAAAGCCCGUCACCGGAGAAAAGCCGCGAGGUAUACGUGGGUUCACCCGUACGCCAGGAAUCCGCAAGUCCUCCACCGAGUCCCGUAUCGAGCCUCUACUAGAUAGCCCCUCGGAAUCUACCUCCGCAGGUUCGUCGACCAGAGCAAGCCAUAUAUCGCCGAAAAAAUCGACCUUAUCAUCCAAUUCUCCAGAAGUAAAAAGCCCGGGACCUACCAGCACGAAAUCUCUUUCACCGACCCCUAAGAGCUCACCACGGCCCCGUGGCACAAUAAUGCAAGCGAAAAUUUUUGACGUCGCUGAACUAGACGGGCACCAACUGGAUGAUCAUCGCGAGAAUAAUUCCGAUAGCAAAGUCUCGCACUCCAACCAGGACCAAAGUGGUAGCGAGACGCGGCCUCAUACUAGGAGGAUUAUGAGCUCGCAGACCUUUCAUUUGGUCAUCGACACGAUUUUCCUCUUCUUCGCUCAGGUGCAAGGGUUUUACCACCAAAUCAGAGCGAAUCGCGGCUCGAAGCUGGUGUUAUUCAAGCUGUUCAUGAAUGGCAUUCUGGGAAUGCUCGAGCAUUGUUUAUGUGUCUUUAGAAAGGGGUUGGCUAUCAUAUCCGCGUACAACUCUACAGGAGUUUGGCCCGAGGCCUACGACAAGGACGCUGCUUGGUUAUUAACCGAUUUGGGCCAAGCGAUGGCGUAUCUCCUCAUUCUUGGAUUUGUUGCCAUGAUCGUCUCUCGAGCAGUGGGCGUUGUGAUUCUCUUCGGAGCUUGGAUAAUGUGGUUUGUAAGACCCUUUGCAUUGACCAUCCGUGCGAUCUCACGAAUUCUGUUCCUACUAUAAGCCGACCGUUUGCUCGCUGCUUCUCGUUCUUACUCUUUUCGUAUUCGCCCUACUUUUCGUUCCGUUCCUAGCUACAGGCCGUUCUUGGAGUCAUUCGGGGUUGUCGGAGCAUUUUUACAUUUUUCCUGUUUGUAUUUUUAUGAUUAAACCCGUCGUUGGCUAUUAUUUGGCUUAUCGUUACGCGCGGGUUAAUAUCAUGUAUAUU